AUGCUGGCGUGCUUUCGCUGUCUGGUAUGGUUUCGAGUUUGUUCUGCGUCUGGCGUACUGCGGCGAACGCUGCGUCAGCGCUUUUGCGCAACAACGUCCGGUACGAUCGGCAGUAGUAGUAGUGCUGGUCAAGUGACAACGGAGCCAGCUGCGUCCACCAAUGUCCAACGCUCUGGGUCUAGUCAAAUCGAGGGAACGCAGCAGACAGCUCCGCGAACUGCAUCUGCAGUUGCGCGUCAAGUGAAGAUAUCCCAUCGCAAACUGAACGUCGUCUGCAGCUUGGUCCGUCGACUCUCGGUAUCCGAGGCGGAGCGACAGUUGGCGGUUUGUAGGAAGAAGGGUGCGCGAAUCCUCCUCAAGCUGCUGCACCAGGCAAUGGCGAACGCGCGGAACAACCACCAGAUGGACCUGGCUCGCACGUUUGUCCGUGAGAGCUUCGUCGGCAAAGGGCAGUGUUUUAAGAUUCUGCGGCCGUGGCACGGGAAAGGCCGAUUUGCGUUUCACGAGAAAAAAUACAGCCACGCGACCAUCAUUCUGGAGGAAGCUAAUGCAGCGCAGGACUCUAGUCGAUCAAGAGAUACCCGGGAUACAGGACGGGGAUUCAGUUGGAGCGCUCACCGGAAGGCCGUCAAAGGAGAGCGUCCUCUGCCGCCGCUGCCUGCCGUAUGGAAUCUGACUGUAGAUCCGUCAGGAAUCUACCGAAACACGCAUCGCGAGCCCGAUGAUACGAAUCAAUCCCGUGGAUAG